AUGCCAUUAAGCAUUGACAGCGACCUUGUGCACUGCAAGCUUACAGGACUGCUUGCCGUGCGCGCGACGCCUCGCUCUAUCAAACAAGCUGAUCGCAAGAAGAUGGACUGCUCUGCUGGUGCAGCUCCUAUGGGCAUCCCUGCUACGCUGCCUAAAGGAGGCCUCGAUAUCACCUACUCGUACACCGUCACCUUCACUGAGAACAACGGCAUCAGGUGGUCGUCACGCUGGGACUACAUCCUGGACUCUAUGCCCCACACGAACAUCCAGUGGUUCAGCAUCCUUAACUCCCUCAUCAUCGUGCUCUUCCUCUCUGCUAUGGUCGCCAUGAUCAUGCUCAGGACGCUGCAUAAGGAUAUUGCGCGCUAUAACCAGGUGAAAAAUACAACACUUAUGCUUGCAGUAAGACCAGACGUGCUGCUACGAGCUGCUGCCCUCGACUCUAGCGAGCCGGAGGAGCCAGCGGACAGACGAAAAACCAGAACUGACUUUAGAACCAUAUAA